AUGUACAGCGUGGGAGACACGGGGUGGCAGCUGAACGCCAACCUAACGGCUCUUGCGGCGCAGAACGGGACGGAGCGGUGGGUGCAAGCCGACCUGAGCACCUCGAACAUCGCGAUCUUCUUCCAAGCACGAGAGGAACUGCCCCUGAAUGUCUACAGCUUUGCCUACGACGGGACGUCCUGGGCCUUCCUGAACCUUGAGACUUUCCCCGAAGGGGCGCAGUGCAGUGCCAAAUUUGGUGGAUGCCUCAAGCUUGGGGGAAAUUUGAUGGUAUUCAGAGCAGCCACCGACGGCACGUCGAGGCCUUUUCAAACCUUUCAGUGGCAAGGGGCGGGCUGGUCCCUGGUACCGGGUGCCAACCUCACGGUGACGAGUCAGAGUACAGCACGUCUCUAG